UAUACUAUGGGAGAGGGAAUUUUGUCGUGUGCUACGGUUGUUACUUUGUUGUCAAAUGUUGUAUGUCAACAGUAAUGUGAUUGGGUGGUCUCGCGUUUGGUUAUUUCUUGCAGGUUAUUGCGUGUGAUAACGUUGGUUUAUUCCCGUUAUUAUAUCAUAACGGGACUGUGUCGUGUUGUGGCGGAGUGUUUGUCGCUUUGGUGUUAAACGAAAUACUACGAGAGAACGUUAUUUCUUUGAUAUGAAUUGGGUUUUCAUGCUGUAUCUGCUAUUUACCACCGUUCAUGUUGUUUCACUAGAUACAAAUGGCUACUGUUCGUCUGACAGAUUUGACGACGAUGACAAAUGCACGAAAUUACCAUCCUCCAAGGUUAAAGAUAACAGUGAGAGUUUCAGUCACUAUAAGACACUGAUAAGUGAUGCAGUAAAGAACUAUGUUCCUUGUAAACAGGAAAACUGCAGUUGCUACUUAACAGUCAUUGAUGGUGAUUUGAAGAGUUUUGCUGGAGGUAUUUCAAAGCAGAUGAUCGAUUCUAUUGCAGAUCGGGGCACAAGGUACCAAGUGAUAAACCAUCAUUUGUAUCGUGAGGAAACGUGCAUGUUUCCAGCUCGCUGUGCAGGUGUGGAACAUUUUCUUCUGGAGCUACUUCCAAAAAUCCCAGAUGUUGAAUUUGUUCUGAACACCCGAGAUUGGCCACAAAUAAGCAAGAAUUUUGGUGUGCCGAAGCCAGUGUUUUCUUUUAGCAAGACCAGCCAGUAUUAUGACAUAAUGUAUCCUGCAUGGGCGUUUUGGGAAGGUGGACCAGCAAUACACUUGUAUCCAAGAGGCCUAGGAAGAUGGGAUCUUCAUCGGGAAUCUUUGGUGAAAGCUGCUGCUAAAUGGCCUUGGGAAAAGAAGAAACCAAUUGGCUUCUUUCGUGGUUCACGAACUAGCCACGAAAGAGAUGAGUUAAUUAUGUUAUCACGUGAACGUCCUGAUUUAGUAGAUGCACAGUAUACAAAAAAUCAAGCUUGGAAGUCAGAAGCUGACACCCUGUACGCAGAGCCAGCUGAAGAAGUAUCACUAGAAAGACAUUGUGAAUACAAGUAUCUAUUUAAUUUCCGGGGAGUUGCAGCCAGUUUUCGAUUGAAACAUCUCUUCUUAUGUAAGAGUUUAGUGUUUCAUGUUGGUGACAACUGGAUUGAGUUCUUUUACCCAGCUCUGAAGCCGUGGGUACAUUAUAUACCAGUUAGUAGUACAGCGUCAAGAGAAGAUAUCAGAAAUCUUCUGGAAUUUGCAGAGAGUGAGCCAGAUUUAAUGAAAAAUAUAGCAGAGAGGGGUCACCAGUUCAUAGUGAACAAUCUAAGAAUGAAAGAUGUACUGUGUUACUGGAAAGCUUUAAUGAAAAAGUAUGCAAAAUUAUUGACAUUUCAACCAAAGAGAAAUAAGUCUCUGAAGGAAAUAAAAUGAAUGUGUAUUUUCUUGCUGAUAUCUUUGCAAUUUUUGUAAUAUGUUCUCCAAAUAGGGGAAGCCCUGAGCAGCAGACAAGCAUGUAGAAUAUGCAUUGCUUUUGUGUGUGUAUGUGUGGGGGGGGGGGGGGGGGGGGGACACGUAGGUGCAAGCACACACACAUUUAUUUUAGCUCCAGUGAAAGUCUUUGUCUGAAAUCUAAUAAGCAUUGCCACCUAUUUUUAUUUGCCUAUCCAAUGCUCAGUGCAUUCUCUAUUUGGUGAGUGACAAGUAUUUGAUGAGUAGUCAUCUAUCCUGUUAUACAUUUGAUCUUCCAUCCUAGAUGUAUUUUUUUGCAAUUUUUGCUCUUCCUGUCUUGCAGUUUUUGUAAUGCAAUGUUAAGUGUCUAGCAUAUUUUAUUGUAGUAGUAGCUUGUUACUUUUUGUGUAACAAGUUUAACAUAUCUACAUGUUCCUAUGUAUAAGUUACUUUGAUAGGUGUGUGACAUUCAAUUUGCAGUUUUACAUAAACUAGCUUGAAAGAUACACAUAUUACUGUCCACUGUGUAUCCUUUAUUAUUUAUGUAAUAGAGUUAAACUGUAUCAUUCUUAUUAGUCUAGUUGUUGGCCAACUAAUACAUACUUUAAAAAAAUGAAUUUUCUCACAAUGAAGUGGAUAUAAUAGUUUUCCACUGUGUCCAUGAAAUGAAUUGCUCUCUUGGGGUAAUUGCAUAAUUUUUAUCCACAUUAUACACUAUUGUUCAGAGACACAUACACAUUCUUUCAUGUCCAUUUUUCCAAAAACAAUCAAGAAAUGAGUGAUGAGAAUAGAAAGUAGAUUUAGUAUUGAUAGAUGUCUGCAGGUUUUUAAAACUUAACUUAAACUCUGAAUAAAAUCUUAGAGGAAUUAGUGUUUAUAGUCAGUUGUCAGUAGGCUGAGUAUUAAGUAACUGAUGUUUAAUACUGAUAAUUUAUGUAAAUGUGUUUAUUGUUUCUUUAAACUGGACUAGAAGUUCUGCUCUCACUUAGUUAUUCAUUGACAGCACAGUUGCACACCACUACACAGAAAUGACAUUUUCUAAAUAUAUGUUAUCGUUCUCUUGUAUCAAAUAGAAUGCAUUAUAAAUACAAGGUGUUUAAAAAAGAAUGGUGCAGUUUUAAAAAUUAAUAAUAAGUAGAUUUAUUAUUUUAUGUGGUCAGACCUUACAGCAUGACCAGUGGCAGCUGUCCAAGUUUUUGAUGCAUUAAUCACAAUCCUUCAAUAUGUGCACACCUGGUCACAGGACAUGCGUUUACACAAUAAUUAAAUUCUCCCCAUGGGUCAUUCUCACGAAAAAGGGGUCUUUUGACAAACAAGUUUUUUAAAAAUAAAAUGUAUUAAAAAUGUUUAUUUAAAAAAAAAUCAUAGAAUAAUACUUAUGUUAUGAAACUGCAUAAUUUCUCCAGUUCAAUAAAUCAUCUUGUGGCAGAAAAAAAAUUAUAAAGAUUUUCCAUGUUCACAGCCAUGAUAGUGUAGUUCGAUGGACAUGAUAUUUUGGUCUACAGACAUGACUAUAAAUUAGAUAAUCACUUGCACCUCCUUUGUUAAAUAAAAAUGAGCUUUAACUUCAGUUACACACUUAUUAGUCUAUAUAUACAUAACCACAGCUGAGCUUUGAUUUAAGCAAUAUUAGGCCAUUAAGUUAUUUUCCAUUUCAUUUAUACACAGCUUAAUUCAUUAUACAUUACGUUAACUACAUUUACAUUUGUUUAAAUAAAUAGUUUCCAGUUAAAUCUGCUUUUAAUGUAACAUAUUUUUUCCAAUGCUUAUAAAUUUUUAGACCCAAGUAGUAACAUAAACCUUAUAAGAGUCACAUAAAAUUAAAAUUAAUUGGAAGAAGAAACAUUAUUCUAAAUUGUACUUGUCAGUAUUUACUAGCAAAUAUUGUUGCUUGUUAUUCAUAACAGGCAGUUCUAAUUUUCUGACUAUGUCUGCUCUAUCCACAGUAUAAUAGUGAUCAGAUUCUGGCACAAAAUGAUUGUUCUUUAGUCUACGAAGGUGUUUAAUACUAUACUCAUUGUCACUAAAUUUUGAAUCAGUCAUAGCUGCGUAUUGAUUUAUCUUCAUUUUUGCAGCCAAUUUAAUAAUUACAAAGUCACUGACUUUAAAUUGGGAUUCCAGCGAACAUACAUCAUUCUGGGGAGGGUCCUCAUUUGUGUCAGAAUAAGUGUCACUCUAGCCCAGUUUCUUUCUUGUUUUAGGAUCAGAGACACUUGGUUGAGGGAGAUCAGUUUUAUAAAAUGUAAAUUUGGCAAGUGUUUUAAAGUAAUUACCGUAAAUAAUAUUAAAAUUAUUUUAUUAGUCAUGUGUUCCUAUGCAUAUGUCACAAUUUUAACAUUACAGUAUCAUCAGAGUAAUAAAUAUAUAAAAAGGGAUACUUCUUGUAGUUUUUAAUUUAAUUUGCCCUGUAGUAUAAUAUGAACAGUGAAUAUUAACAGCACAUUUUUCUUGUCCAGAUAGUUGACUUUUUUUCUGAACUUCAGGCUAUUUCCUGUUUGCUCAAAGUUCCUUUUAACACAGGAAAUUUCUUGGGAAGCAUCUUUUCAAUCUGAGUUAUAUCAUGAUCUUCAAUUCUGUAAAGGAUAAUUCCAGGACAAGAUUUUUCAAAUUCUUGUAAAUGUCAAUAUUUGUAAUAUUCGCACUGCAGGCAACCAAAUUGUCAGCCAUUCUUUUUAAACAACCUCCAACACCAUCUGGGAUUUCUUUACUGUGGUCUUUCUCAUAAUAAUGCCAAUGCAAACUUUCAGUACUGAGUGCCUGCACUGUCACUUAAAAAAUGGACAUUUUUUAUUGCUGGAACUAUUUGUUGUUUCUUUAAUAUUGAUGGUUGAAAAUGAGCACGUAUUGCAAGUGGGUCGUGUUAUAGAUUACUACAGAAAGUACAGAAUGACUGACACUGUGCUGAAUUUUCAGUUUUAGAGUAGUAAUACUGAACACAGGUGUGUAAUGUAAUCUGGUUUGUUGAACCUUCAAAGUGAACUGAUUGUAUUUCAUUAGAAUAUUUACAGUUAUAAUUUUUAGAGAAAUCAUGGUGAAGUAAAAUCUCAUGCACAGACAAACUGUUUUUAAUCACUCUGACUAUGUUAUAUUGCUGUUUUAUAUUAUGUUCCUGCUGCAUAAAUGAGGGCAACAAAUAUUUUUUUUUCUUUGUUACAAAUUCUUUCUUUCCAGCACAUGACUCACUGUUGUUAUCCUGUUCCAUAAAUUCUAUUACAUCAUUAUGUGCAUCACUCAUUGUAGUAAACUGUGAAGUUGCUGAAGGCAGUUUAUCAUUUUUCAUUACCUUAAGUGAAGAAAAACUUCCAACACCCUUCAUUAGUAGAGGUGGUAGAGUCAGACUGGAGCACUGUACUCCAUGGAGUACCCCAGGGAUCCGUCCUUGGUCCAUUGCUGUUUCUGAUAUACGUAAAUGACCUACCUUUUUCAUGCAAUACAUGCAAGUUCACCAUGUUUGCUGACGACACCAGCAUUUUGAUUAGUAACAAACAGCUCACUGAUGUAGAGGUUGAUGCCAACAAAUUACUUACAGUACUAUUAACCUGGUUCCAGGUGAACUCGCUCACAGUAAACCUGAGCAAAACAAAUUAUAUCCAUUUCAGCCUUGACCACAAACUCCCCCAGGAGAUUACUGUUUUAAAUAACAAUAAUCAGAUAGAAAGGGCACACUGCACCAAAUUCUUAGGCCUCCACAUAGACAAUAGGCUCAACUGGGACCACCAUAUCCUUGAGACUGUAAAAAGGCUGUCCUCAGCAACUUUUGCCAUUAGGACAAUCUCACAAUUUGGAGACAUAAAUGUCACGAAGUCCACAUACUUUACAUACUUCCACUCCAUUAUGUGUUAUGGCAUCAUCUUCUGGGGCAAUUCACCCUCAUCUAAAAAAAUCUUCCUCAUGCUGAAAAAAGUAGUCCAUAUAGUGUGCAGAGUACCCACGAGAACCUCCUGCCUUACGUUAUUUAAAAAACUUGGAAUACUUUCCACAACCUGCCAGUAUAUUUUUUCCCUAAUGAGUUUCUUGGUUGACAAUCCCGCCCACUAUGAAACCAAUGAAAGCUUCCAUUAUCACAAUACAAGAAAGAAGGCUGACCUCCACUUUGAACUAAAAAGUUUAACUCGGGUACAGGGAGGAGUGCAUUACUCCAGUGUCAAAAUAUUUAACUUAUUACCGAGCUUUCAACAGAGAAAAGUAGUCAUUGUAUGUAUUUAUAUUUACUGUUGUUUGUUUAUGUUCUUUUUGUUCCUAUUUGUAAGCAUAUACUUACUGUGACAAAUAGGCUUUUGCAAUGUGAUAAACUUUGCAUAAUGUAUUAUUCCUAUGACUUUAUUUUAGUACAUUAUUAUUUUUACAAGUCUUAUGUAAUUUAUGUCUAGUUCUGCUCUUGUAAACUAAUUGAUACCAUGGUCUGUGAACAUAUAUUACUCAAGUUGUUCUACAUCCUAGCAUCAUACGCAUAACAGGAUCUAUGGAAUUUGUAGAUAAAAUAAAUAAAAAUAAAACUUAUAUUU